AUGGCCCAGGUGGAGCAUGAGCUUGGCAAGGCUGAGAAGGGCUACCUCAAGGAGAUGCAGCAGGAGCAGUCCGAUUUUGACGAGAAUCUUGUUGAUUUGGCCGGCAUCGUGGACUCAUUUGCUCAGUACUCCAACCUGGCAAACAUCAAGGAGAUUUAUGAGAAUGUGGAAAGCGUCAACGAGCGCCUGAAGCAGGCCUCGUCCCAGGCCAAGCUCUUCAACUCCCGCGAGGCGCUCUUUGGGCAAGAGUCUUCCGACUACACCCACCUGCAGCAACUCCAGAAGGAGUGGGAACCUUUCUCCCAACUAUGGGUCACUGCCUACCACUGGCUGGAAGACUCUGAGAAGUGGAUGAAUGGCCCCUUCCAUGAGAUCGACGCCAAGUAUUGUGAGCAGUCGGUGACGACCGGAGCCAAGACUCUCUUCAAGACGGUCAAAGGUCUCGAGAAGAGGGAGGACGCUGGCAAAGUGCUGCAAAUCGCCAGAGACAUCAAGGGGCAGAUCGAUGCCUUCCAGCCGUACGUCCCCAUAGCGCGGGCCUGA